AUGAGUAUAAAAUGCAGUCAAUUUUGUGAAUUAACAUCAUACAGAGAAAUGUUUCCCAAAGCAAUCGUGUUCUUUGCUCUCCUAACAGUGGCGGUCGCUGAGAGGCCCCGAGUUGGUCUCCAGAUGCCACCGAUUUUGCCACGUUUUACUGGCCCGAUCUCGCCACAAGUGGUUGGAGGUGAAGAAGCGCCAGCAGGAUAUUACCCGUUCAUAGUUUCCCUUCAAAUGUUUGGCUCUCAUUUCUGCGCUGGAUCCAUCAUAAACGAAAAAUGGGUUGUAACAGCAGCACACUGUGCUGAUGCAGUUUCUUCUUUAAAUUUUCUUCGCGUUGUGGCCGGUAAGCACAAUAUUCAAGAAAACGAAAGCACCGAACAGAUAGUUCAAGUGGCGCAAGCUUACAUACAUGAAAACUAUGAAGGUGGUGUUGGUCCAUAUGACAUUGCUCUACUUAAGCUUGCGUCUCCAUUAAAGUUAACGAAAGAAAUACAAGCCAUCGAAUUACCACCACCAGAAAGUGAACCAACUGGAGAGGCAUGGCUUUGUGGAUGGGGUUCCACUUCGACUAGCCGUUAUCCAAUAAUGCCAGAUAAACUUCAUCAUGUUAAGAUGGAGUACCUCGAUCGCAUUGCUUGCCAUGAAGCCGUCGAACGUUUGAUAGGAUCUUCUCCCGUUCAUGAAACCAAUGUCUGCACUGGGCCACUGUACGAUCAAAUCUCGGCAUGCAGUGGAGACUCCGGUGGCCCACUAAUUUCACGUAAUGGACAAAAACCGGUUCUUAUUGGAAUUGUAUCUUGGGGUAUUAUUCCAUGCGGUAGUGAAGGAGCACCAUCCGUAUACACUAAAGUAUCCAGUUUCAUUGAUUGGAUUAAGCAGAAAAUUAGAUUGUCAUCAAACAGCAAGAUGUAUUCGAAAGCUAUCGUGUCCUUUGUUUUUCUUGCUAUGGCGAUCGCUGAGAGACCUAAAAUUGGUCUCCGGAUGCCGCCUAUUUUUCCACCUUUUACUCGCUUGAUCUCAUCACAAGUGGUUGGAGGUGAAGAAGCAGGAGUAGGAAGUUAUCCGUUCAUAGUUUCCCUCCAAAUACUCUCCCAACACUUUUGCGCCGGAUCCAUCUUGAACGAAAAAUGGGUUAUAACAGCAGGGCAUUGUAUUAAAGCCGUUCCUACUGUAAGCAUUCUUCGCGUCAAGGCUGGAAAGUAUAAUCUUCAACUUAUAGAGAACACCGAACAGACAGUCAAAGUGGUGCAAGCUUACGUACAUGAAAAUUAUAAAGGUGGUGUUGGCCCAUAUGAUAUCGCUCUGCUUAAGUUAGCUACACCAUUGACUUUGAAUGAGAACGUACAAGCUAUCGCGUUACCCGAACUAAACAGUGAACCAACUGGACAGGUAUGGCUUUGUGGAUGGGGUUCUACCUCGACUACUAAUACUCCAGUAAUGCCAUCUACACUUCAACAUGUUAUGAUGACUAUUAUGAAUUUCAAAUCUUGCAACCAAACCGUCAUUAAAAUGACGGGAUCUGCUCCUCUUGAUGAUAAAAGCAAUGUCUGCACUGGGCCAUUAUCAUCAAGCGAACUAAACUCUGCAUGCAGCGGUGAUUCCGGUGGUCCACUAUUUAAGAUUAUCAAUGGAAAACCGAUACUUGUUGGAAUUGUAUCUUGGGGUAUGAUACCUUGUGGUAUUUCAGGCGCGCCAUCCGUAUUCACUAAAGUAUCCUCUUUCAAUCCUUGGAUUCAGCAGAAGAUGAGUCAAUAAUGAUGGCAAUAUCGACGACUUAUGAAUGUAUAAUAUUAAAUAAGAAAUCGUUACACGUUAUUUAACAUAAAAUAGAUAU